CAGUGGUCUGACUUCAACAACAACAACAAAGAUGGACGCGUGUACUGCUGUCGGAAGAGAAAUUGACAAAGUACUAACCAAAUUUACAUCUUACAGUGAACAUGCAUCCAGUACAAUUGCUUCCUUACAUAAUAAUAUUGAAAGCCUUCAAAUAGAAAUUAAUCAAGUAGGCAGUGGUGAUGUAACAGAAGCUCAGGCAGUGAUUUUAAGUCAGGCUAUUGGCCGUGUGAAGGAAGCUGUGACUCGCUUAAGUACUGAACACAGAGAUCUUCACUCUUCUGUCUCAAAAGUUGGCAAAGCCAUUGAUAAGAAUUUUACAGCAGACUUUGGCUGUAUUAGCAAUGAUACAGUAUUUAGUGGCGAAAAACAGCAGCUUGUGAAUGAAGUAAUUUGUCAACAUUUCUUUCGGGAAGGACUAUUAGACAUUGCUGAGGAAUUUAUUAGUGAGACUGGACUUGAAUUGCAGGAAGAAUCUCGAGAACCAUUUUUCGAACUUAAUCGAAUACUUGCAGCUCUAAAGGCACGAGAUUUAGGCCCAGCUCUUCAGUGGGCUGAAGAAAAUAGAGAAAAGUUAAGGUCGCAGAACAGCAGUUUGGAAUUCAAGUUACACCGACUGGCAUACAUAAAUUUAAUCAAAGAAGGGCCACUCAGUGUCCCACAGGCCAUUGAAUAUGCCAGAGUCCACUUUACACCAUUUGUAUUCCAGCAUGAGAAAGUAAUUCAAAGUCUCAUGGGAUGUCUGCUGUAUGUGAAAGGAGGGUUGGAAAGCUCCCCUUAUGCAGAUCUCCUUAGUCCACACCAGUGGUCAGAAAUUUGUGACAUCUUCACCCGUGAUGCUUGUGCUCUUCUUGGUCUUUCUGUCGACAGUUCAUUAGCUGUGUGUGUAAAUGCAGGAUGCACAGCCCUUCCAGUUCUUCUGAACAUUAAACAGGUCAUGCAACAACGGGCAGUUCACAAUAUGUGGAAUACAAAAGAGGAAUUACCAAUUGAAAUUGACUUGGGCCCAUCUUCACGCUAUCAUUCAAUAUUUGCUUGCCCAAUUCUACGUCAGCAGUCAACAGAGAACAAUCCUCCUAUGAGGCUUAUUUGUGGCCAUGUGAUUUCAAGGGAUGCUCUUAAUAAACUCACAACGAGUGCCAAAUUGAAGUGUCCAUACUGCCCUGUUGAACAAAAUCCUGCAGACGCUGUUCAGAUCUUCUUUUAAUCUUUGCUGUCUUUUGAAAAUUGAAAGUGCAUAUACAGUAUACAGAGUUUAUGGAUAUUUAGAGUAUUUAAUUUUUUCUUUCAUAGAUAUUCAGAAAGCUCACAAAAUUGAUACAAUAUAUGACAACUCAUAUUCAUUAUAGUAGCAUAGAUGUUAGUUAGCUUCAUUUUUUUGAUUGCCUUUACAGUUUGCAAAUACAGUACACUUUUAGAGAAGUGUUUUGGUCAUAAAAUAUUAGUGCAAUAUAAAUAGCACUAAAAAAAAAUUUAAUACAAUUUUAAGUUAAAACUUGGUGAAAGUUACAGAUGUAAUGUUUAUUGUGAGUAAUCAAUAUUAGGAGGUAUUAUAGAAUAUUAUAUAAAAAAGGGACUUCCUGUAUAUUUAAAGGAAGAGAUCAUAUUCUUCAAUAAAAGCAGAAGGACAGUUCAUUUAGUGUGCAUCAUUUUGGCCUGACAGAAAUUAUGCUAAGUAAUAUAGCAUUUUGUUAGGAAUUUUACUGUACACAGUGUAUUCAUUCCCUUAAUGAUACCGACUUUGUACACACCGAAUAGUAGAAUAAAUAUUUAACCGAU